AUGAAGUUCAAUCUGGGCCUGGGGUCGCGGGCGUGGAGAGUGUCCUGGGAGCGGGUGGCAGCGGCGGCGGCAGGCCCUGGAGCGGGCGGCGGCGCGCUAGGCGGCCGCAUUCAGCGCGUCUCCAGCCCGCGGCCGGGCCGCCGCGGCUCUCGGCUCUCGCGCGCCCUCCCUCUAUGCCUCUCCAGCGGCGGCGGCGGCGGCGCCCGAGCUCUCCCGGACUGCGCCGGGCCCAACCCGGGCCACCCCGGCGCCAGGCAGCUGGCUGGCCCGUGCGCUAUGGAGCAGACCUACGGCGAGGUGAACCAGCUGGGCGGUGUGUUCGUCAAUGGCCGCCCCCUGCCCAACGCCAUCCGCUUGCGCAUUGUGGAGCUGGCGCAGCUCGGCAUCCGACCCUGUGACAUCAGUCGACAGCUCCGUGUAUCCCACGGCUGCGUGAGCAAGAUCCUGGCGCGCUACAACGAGACGGGCUCCAUCCUGCCUGGGGCCAUCGGGGGCAGCAAACCCCGCGUCACCACUCCCAACGUGGUCAAGCACAUCCGGGACUACAAGCAGGGAGACCCUGGCAUCUUUGCUUGGGAGAUCCGCGACCGGCUGCUGGCCGACGGCGUCUGUGACAAGUACAAUGUGCCCUCGGUGAGCUCCAUCAGCCGCAUCCUGCGCAACAAGAUCGGCAGCCUGGCGCAGCCUGGACCUUACGAGGCAAGUAAGCAGCCGCCGUCGCAGCCUACGCUGCCCUACAACCACAUCUACCAGUACCCCUACCCCAGUCCCGUGUCGCCCACGGGCACCAAGAUGGGCAGCCACCCUGGGGUCCCAGGCACGGCGGGCCACGUCAGCAUCCCGCGCUCAUGGCCCUCGGCACACUCGGUCAGCAACAUCCUGGGCAUCCGGACGUUUAUGGAGCAAACAGGGGCUCUGGCUGGGAGCGAAGGCUCCACUUACUCUCCCAAGAUGGAAGACUGGGCCGGCGUGAACCGCCCGGCCUUCCCGACCACCCCCACAGUGAAUGGACUCGAGAAACCUGCUUUAGAGGCAGAUAUUAAAUACACUCAGUCGGCUUCCACCCUCUCGGCCGUGGGCGGUUUCCUCCCCGCCUGCGCCUACCCGCCCUCCAACCAGCACGGCGUGUACAGCGCCCCGGGCGGCGGCUACCUCGCCCCGGGCCCGCCGUGGCCGCCGGCGCAGGGCCCCCCUCUGGCGCCCCCCGGGGCCGGUGUAGCCGUGCACGGCGGAGAACUCGCGGCAGCUAUGACCUUCAAGCAUCCCAGCCGUGAAGGAAGCCUCCCAGCCCGGGCACCAAGGCCCCGGACGCCCUCAGUAGCUUACACGGACUGCCCAUCCCGGCCUCGACCUCCUAGGGGCAGCUCUCUCCGGACCCGAGCCUGGAGGGAACGGCAGGCGGACCCGGGCGCACAGGUGUUCGCGGCGGCCCCGGCGAGCGGCGCGGCCAGGACCCGAGGACAGGCGGCGCAGGACCAGGCGCAGCCCGCGGGGGAACGCCUCGCCAGCCCCCAGGCCCAGCCCUGCCUCUGGCCGGACCCACCACACUUCCUUUAUUGGCCUGGGUUUUAG